AUGCCUCAAGGAAGUAAUCGAUAUAAAAAAUACUUUCAUGUUUUACCUGAUAAACCAAAUGCAGUGAAACAUCAAGACUUUAGAACUUGUGCGAAUACUUCUUUUUGCCGGCGUAAUAGAGCUUACGCUGACAAAAUAUCGGCUAAUCAUACAUUGUCGCCGUAUAUAGUACUUAAAGAAACUUUAAAGAUUAGUAAUGAUAAUGGUAUAUUAUCAGGAGAUUUAUUUAACAUUAAUAAUAAAAAAUAUUUUGUUUUUGAGCUACAUUUUUUGUUAAAUAAUGUUGCAAGAUUAAGAAUUGAUGAAAAGAGCCCUUUGAAACCUCGAUAUGAUCAAGCUAAAAUUUGGGCACUUGUAGAACAAGAAAAACCUUUGCGUCAUACACUGGAAUAUUCAUUAAUUACAUCAGAUGAUAACGAUCAUAAAUUUACAACAAUCACAUAUGGAGAACAGAGAGAUCAUAAAGUUGUAAUUCAUCAUUCACCAUUUCACAUUCAAUUCUUUUUGAAUGAUGUGCCAAUGAUCACACUAAAUGAACUUUUGGUAGAUCAAAGUAAUCAAGAAAAUAUCGUUAAAAAUGACAAUGAUGUUGUUGAAGAUGUAAAUGACACUUCAUUUAACGGAAAAACUGACACAAAACCAAAUGGACCAGAGUCUAUUGGUCUUGAUAUAAAUUUUCCAGGGUUUAGUCAUGUUUAUGGUAUACCAGAACAUGCAUCAACUCUUUCAUUAAAAGAAACACGAGGAGGCGAUGGUGCAUAUAAUGAGCCUUAUAGAUUAUAUAAUUUAGAUGUAUUUGAAUAUGAGCUGGAUAAUCCAAUGGCAUUGUAUGGAUCUAUCCCUUUUAUGAUUGCACAUCGUAAAGGUAAUUCAGCAGCUGUUUUUUGGUUGAAUGCUGCAGAAACUUGGAUAGACAUAACUAAAAGCAAAGAAGAAAAUUCUGGAUUAUCAAGAUUUCUUAAAUUUGGUAAAUCAAAUCACUUUCAUACGUCUACACAAACACACUGGUUUUCCGAAUCGGGUAUAAUAGAUGUAUUUGCAUUCCUUGGACCAACAACUUCCGAUAUAUUUCAACAAUAUGGAGACCUUACCGGAUUCACUGCCAUGCCAGCCUCAUUUGCAAUUGGCUAUCAUCAAUGUCGUUGGAAUUAUAUUGAUCAAAAAGAUGUUGAGGAAGUGGAUCAAGGAUUUGAUACACAUGAUAUUCCAUAUGAUGUUAUUUGGUUAGAUAUUGAACAUACUGAUUCUAAAAAGUAUUUUACAUGGGAUCUUGUAAAAUUUCCAGAACCAGUAAAAAUGCAAACAGAAAUUGGUCAUGAAAAUUAUUAUUUAUAUAAAGAAGCACUUGAUCAAGAUCUCUUUGUCAAAGAUGUUAAUGGUAAAGUGUUUGAUGCAUGGUGUUGGCCAGGUAGUUCAUCUUGGCCAGAUUUUAUUAAUCCAUUGACUUAUUUGUGGUGGCCAUCUGUCUUUAGUGGGCCUGAAAUUACAAUGCCCAAAGAUCUUAUUCAUUAUGGUGGUUGGGAACAUCGCAAUCUACAUAAUAUUUAUGGAUUAGUUUAUCAUAGUGCAACUUCAGUGGGUCUUAGUAAUAGAACAAAUCCUGCUAAGCGUCCAUUCGUGCUGUCUCGUGCAUUUUUUGCUGGUACUCAACGAUAUGGUGCUAUAUGGACAGGUGAUAAUGCUGCAAGCUGGGAUCAUCUGGCUAUUUCAACACCCAUGUUAUUGACUAUUGGAAUUUCUGGUGUACCUUUUUCAGGGGCCGAUGUUGGAGGAUUUUUUGGAAAUCCUGCACCUGAACUUUUGGUACGUUGGUAUCAAGUAGGUGCAUUUCAGCCAUUUUUCCGAGCACAUGCACAUAUUGAUACCAAACGCCGAGAACCUUGGUUAAUGGAUGAACCAUAUACUGGUUAUAUCCGAGAAGCAAUUAGAUCAAGAUACACAUUAUUACCUUUAUGGUAUACUUUAUUUUAUGAAGCUAGUAUUAAAGGAUUGCCUAUUAUAAGACCAAUGUUUGUGGUUUUUCCUGAUGAUGAGGAUGCAUUUGCAAUUGAAGAUCAAUUCUUUGUUGGAGAUUCAUUACUUGUAAAACCUAUUGUUAAAGAAGGUCAAACAUCAACUGAAAUAUAUUUUUCGGAGAAUGAUAUUUAUUAUGACUAUUUUACAUAUGAGAAAAUUAAAAUAAAUUCACAUAAAGCUGUUGAAAUUGAAGCACCUUUAGAUAAAAUCCCAGUUUUUAUUAAAGGUGGGUCUAUUAUUCCUCAACGUCAAAGAAUUCGUCGUAGUUCAGCUGCCAUGAUAUUAGAUCCAAUAACACUUGUGAUUGCGUUGGAUAAAAAGGGUGAAGCAAAUGGUUUUAAUAAUCAAAAAAUUCCAACAAAAAUAUUAGCAUAUCAUAAUGAUGAUUUAUCAACAAAAUACGCAUUAACAAUUAGUAGUAGUGAAACUUCUCAUCUUGUAAUUAAAGUAAUGAAAUUGUUAAUUACAAAAGACUGGACAAUUGAAUUUAUCAAAUAA